CAAAGGCUAAAACAGUUUGAGACUCAGAAAAGACUUAAAAAAAAAAAAAAGAAAAAAAAAUUCAGAGAGAUUGUGGCGGAGAGAGCAGAGCUAUGAGAAUGGCGUUUAGGGUUUCGUUUUCGUUAUUUGUUGUGGUUUUUGGUCUCGUCGCUUCGGCUUUCACUGGGAUCUAUGCUGAAGAGUCCGAAUCGAAGGAGUUCGUACUCAAUUUGGACCACAGUAACUUCUCUGAUACUGUUAGCAAGCUCGAUUUCGUCGUCGUCGAGUUCUAUGCUCCAUGGUGUGGCCACUGUAAGAAGCUUGCUCCGGAGUAUGAAAAAGCUGCAUCAAUUUUGAGCAGUCAUGAUCCCCCACUUGUUCUGGCGAAAGUUGAUGCCAGUGAGGAAGUAAACAGAGGGCUUGCAAGUGAUUAUGAGGUUAAAGGUUUCCCCACAAUCAAAAUUCUCAGGAAUGGAGGGAAGAAUGUUCAGGAAUACAAGGGUCCACGUGAUGCGGACGGGAUUGUUGCUUAUUUGAAGAAACAAAGCGGCCCUGCAUCUUUGGAAAUAAAAACUGCUGAUGACGUUGCUAACCUUAUUGCAGACAAGAAAAUAGCCAUCAUCGGGGUGUUCCCAAAAUUCUCUGGGGAGGAAUAUGAGAAUUUUACAGCUCUAGCUGAUAAAUUGCGCUCUGAGUAUGAAUUUGGUCAUACUUUGGAUGCAAAGCUCCUUCCACGUGGAGAAUCAUCAGUGACUGGGCCUGUUAUUAGGCUAUUCAAGCCUUUUGAUGAACUUUUUGUUGAUUCUAAGGAUUUUCAUACUGAUGCAGCGGAGAAGUUUAUUGAAGAAUCUAGUGUGCCACUUAUAACCGAGUACAACAGUGACCCAAGCAACCACCCUUUUGUUAUCAAAUUCUUUAAUAAUGUCAAUGCCAAGGUAUUGUUGUUUCUGAACUUCAGCAGUGAUGCUGCUGAUGCUUUUAGAUCGAAAUAUCAUGAAAUUGCCGAGAAGUAUAGAACAGAGGGCUUAAGCUUUCUUUUGGGAGAUCUUGAGAUUAGUAAAGGUGCCUUCCAGUAUUUCGGAAUUCAAGAAGAUCAAGUGCCUGUAAUAAUCAUUCAGACGAAUGAUGGAAAGAAAUAUGUGAAAUCAAAUGUGGAAUCUGAGCAUAUUGCAGAGUGGGUGAAGGAAUACAAGGAUGGCAAAUUGCAACCAUUCAUUAAAUCUGAACCUAUCCCUGAACAAAACAACGAGCCUGUCAAAGUGUUUGUGGCUAACAGUCUGCAGGAGUUGUUUUUCAAUUCUGAUAAAAAUGUUCUGCUAGAGUUCUAUGCUCCCUGGUGUGGACACUGCAAAAAACUUGCUCCAGUCUUAGAUGAGGUUGCUGUUUCAUAUGAAAGUGAUCCUGAUGUUGUGAUUGCUAAGAUCGAUGCCACAGCAAAUGACAUCCCAAGUGAGUUUGAAAUCCAAGGGUAUCCAACUAUUUAUUUUAAGUCAAAGAGCGGAAAGCUGGUUCAAUAUGAUGAAGAUAGGUCCAAGGAAAACUUCAUUGCUUUCAUCGAAAAGAACCGUGAAAAGAUUGAGAAGCCGGCUGCUGAGCAGACUGACAAGCAGGAUUCAGGGAAAGAUGAGCUCUAGACAUGAUAUAGCAGCUUUUUCGUCUAGGAUAUGAACAUUCGAGCAACUAUCCCUGUACUGCAGCGGCUGUUACACUUGAGAAGAGUGAUACUAUAGAAGAAUGUCCUGUCCUCCCUCAUCGUUUUCUCCUUAUUUAUGCUUCUUUCUUUUUCACUUUUGUAAGUGUUAACUUCAAUAAAUCUGGAGGGGAUUUUGGCAUUUGUAGCUACAUAGUUUCAGCAAUAGCUUAGUUUUCUCUGUAACAGUUUUCUUAUCGUGGAGACCUUUAAAGUUGGAAUCUGAGUAGGAAUGUUUCAAAUGCCUCAGUUUGCGUGAAAAAUGUCCAACUUAGCUCUA